AUGCGCCUGCGGAGUUUGUACCGUUGCGGGGCCACGACUCUACUCCUCUAUGAGCAGGUGGCUCUCGCAGAUCUUGGGAUCCAGGCGAAUGAUGUCGACACCCUCAAGUCGGCCGCCAAAAUGGUUGCGGCGCCCAUGAUGGAGUUCUACGACAAGAACCAGACUGAAGGCAUCCCGGGCAAGCUGACAGGCACCUGGUACGUGGCGGGUGCCAUGUUCAUGACGCUCAUCCAGUACUGGCAUGCCUCCAGCGAUGACACCUAUAAUCCCAUCGUAUCACAUGACCUGAUGUUCCAGUCGGGUGAGAAUUAUGACUUCUUCUCGCAAAAUUACAGUCACUGGCUGGGUAAUGAUGAUCAGAUGUUCUGGGGUCUUGCCUCCAUCACUGCUUCAGAGACUGGGUUCCCAGAGAUCCCAGGCAAACCCACCUGGACCUCCCUGGCGCGGGCUGUCUUCAACAUGCAGGUUGCCCGAUGGGACACCACAGGUUGUGAUGGCGGCAUGCGAUGGCAGAUCCCACUCUAUCUGCCGGGUUACACAAUGAAGAACGCCAUAUCUAAUGGCGGACUUUUUGAACUGUCGGCCCGGCUCGCACGCUUCACUAUGAACAAUACUUAUGCACAAUGGGCGGAAAAGAUCUGGGACUGGUCGGCCAGCACGCCGCUCUUACAGACUAAUCGCUGGUAUAUUGCUGACUCAACCUCCAUUGAAGCCAAUUGCAAGGAUGCGGGAAAUACUCAAUGGUCAUAUAAUUACGGCACCUAUUUGUCAGGGGCCUCAUUCAUGUAUAACUAUACUAACGGGAAUGAACAGUGGCUGGAGAGAGUGAACGGGCUGUUGAACUCCCUUCUUGGGACCUUCUGCCCCAAUGACAAGGGUGGCAACAUCCUGUCUGAGGUUGCCUGUGAGCCCAUCAUGACCUGUGAUCGCAAUCAGAUAGGCUUUAAAGGAUACACGGCCAUGUGGCUGGCGCAUACCGCUAUCCUCGUUCCCUCAACUGCGACCCGGAUCUACCCAGUCCUGCAGGGAUCUGCUCUCGCCAUCUCUAAGCAGUGCUCUAAGCAGUCUGGUAACACCUGCGGCAUUCGUUGGUGGCAGUCCACAUGGGAUGGCUUCACGCCCGGACUGGAGUCGCAGAUGGCGGCCCUGGGCGGUAUCACAGCCAAUCUGAUGUACUUCAAGUCGACCGCACCGAAGACCAUUGACACGAACCCGGACGGCAAGGAGGAUCAGAUUAUUGCGACCCAUGAGGAGGAGACGCCCUUGGAUAUGCUUCCCCCCAUUGGCGCAGCCGAUCGCGCAGGGGCAUGGAUUCUCACUGUGAUCAUUAUGGUUACCGCCGGGGGUUCGGUUUGGUGGUUAGUCAAGACGUGA